CGCAUGAAUUUGUUUUGACUUUUCAGUUUAGUUUUCGGCUGUUCUUAGCGCGCAGAUAUCUUCUCUCAAUGGUGACAUUGUAUCUGUUGGCGAACGAAUAGUAGCAGUUCAAACAUGGGAAAUUCAACUGAAAAUCAUUUCAACAAUCAACAAUCCAACAAAGAGACAGUCGACAUUGCAACGUACAUAAAUUACCCAACCGAGUUCCACAUCUUCGACACGAAAUGGGUACCGUCAUUUCCCACAAAAUUUGUUACGAUUGGAGCCACAUCCAAAUCGUCUCCACGAGGCUUCAUCCAGAUCAGCGAACUGAAUAACGACAGAUUGGAUCUGGUGAAAAUGGCCGACAAAGGGUCAGCGUUUCGCUGUGCAACGUUCGGCGGCACGAUAAGAAAUUCAUCGUCACUGUCUCUGGGUAACUUCCAUGGGAAACUUCAAAUAUUCGACAUUGAACGAUUCGACUUUCCCAUCUACGAUGUACAGGCACACGAUGGAAUUGUAAAUUGUGUGGAUGGAAUGGGUAAUGGUGAUGGAGUCGAAGUAGUGACUGGUGGACAAGACGGAUUAGUUAAAGUGUUUGAUCCGCGACAAGGUGCACCUGUCGUUUGCAUAUCACCAGUUAAAAAAGAGGAUGGAGGCAGUGGAUGCAGAGAUUGCUGGACUGUCACAUUCACCGACGGACAAAUGCACAGCAGUCGAGCAGUUUGUGCGGGUUAUGAGAACGGUGACAUUAAGGUUAUCGAUUUAAGGAUACUGAAAGAGCGUUACAGUCACAACGUUGGCAGCGGUGUUUGCAAGGUUGGAUGCGAAAGGAAAUAUGAGGAAACAAGACGACAUGUGGCUGGAACUGUGGACGGGAGCAUUCAUUUGUAUGAUGUAAAUAAGAAUCAACACAAUCAUGUGCGCGUUGCACAAUCAUCGUCUAUAUGGAGUGUCAACUAUCUGCCUCAACUAGAAAACGUUUUUGCCAGCGUUGGGGAUUCGAUCGACAUUUGGCGAGAGUGUGACCCGUCAUCAUCGCUUCCGGACCCGAAGAGUCCAAUUGAAUUAUUGACAAAAAUUCACCUGUCGCCCGCUGGUGUAAAUUGUUUUGACUGGAAUCCAGAUUUUAAAGGGCUGGGAGUAUGCGGAUCGUUUGAUCAAAAGAUUCGUGUCCUGGUAACGUCUGGCCUGUAAGCUCAUGGAUGUGUGAAUUUAAUUUUGUAAAUUGAGUGCCUUAAAAGACUGCUGGAGUACAUUUUUCGUCUAAGUUAAA